CUAUGGUCAUCGCCACUCAACGUUCAACAAAGCUUGUUCCUCAUCCAGAUGGACUCCGACCAACCUUCGCUCAACCUCCGCUUUUGCGAGAUCUGUGCUGGCUUUCUCAGCCAGAGCAGUAAGGACAGUGUCCCAUCUUUGACCAGGGCGCUUGAUACGAUCGCUAGUGAUCUCGCUAGAAAUGAGGACCUGAGGAUUCGUAUGGGAUUGGAUCAUCCUUCGAUCUGGCCGUCCCUCCAACAGGUGUGGAAUUAUCUUGCGGACUAUCCCUCAGCGGAUGCGGAUGUCGCAGAAUUGCGCAUCCUCGUAAUAAGCGUCGCCAGAUUUACCAGGAAUCUUGUCGCAGGUGUUGCAAUGAACCAGCAGAACGCAUUUGGAGUCGAGCCGGCUCUCCGCCGUAUUUUGCAUUUGUACAGCUCCUGGUCUGCGUUUCAAGUCCCGGAUUCUUUUCCAGCUACUAGGAUGGCAGUUCAAGCGCUCUCGAACAUUGUUACCACCAAUGAGGAUCUCACGUCCCGUCUUUGGAAUACUUAUCUUUCCCUGCCUGAGGAGCAUGUGGUUCUCAUCCGCUUGCUCGGCUCCCCUGACCAUAGGACCAUCCUAUCACUCUUGGUCCUUAUGGUAAAUUGCAUUCACGACAGUACUGAGCGCCGUUCUUUACUCACGAAAACACGUGUGGGAGCCCGAAUAUGUAUAACGCUUUUGGACCGUGUAGUCCUAUUGUACGAUGCGGAGGAAUCCAGCGACGGCGCAAAGGCGUUUGACUAUGGGUAUCAUUUGUUUGCCCACUUGUUUGACGGCGGCUUUGCGCCGGACCUGUACAAUUCCUUGUCCGUUGAAGGGGAGGCAAUUGCGCCGCACCAGACUACUUUUUUGAAACUCCUCGACUCAUACCUGCAAUCGUCGCAGAUCUGUCCGAUUCAUCGUGACAUGUGCCCCAUGCUGUCGGAAAUUUUUCUGUCCCUCGCGUCAUAUUCGCAAUCAUCGAUUACACGAGCUAUUAACCCAACCAAUUCGGAACCUUUGGAUGGUUCCAUCGAACACCUACAAGAACUUGAUUUAUUACUGCCCAAAACGUGCGAAGCACUCGUACUUGCAACUCAAUGUAUCGUCAAAAUCUCAUUACUCUCCGAGGACCAGCGGGCGAUGGAACCAUCCGCUUCCGAUUUGGGAGCGAUCUUCCGAGAUGCCACCUCAACUGACGGUCAGGGCAUGGCUGAGAGUAUUAUAGAGCUCCUGCGCCUUCUAGACGCGUUUCUUCCACGUAUUUACUUUGGCAAGGCUGUCGUAGAUCCCGUGACGGAUCAAACCACCCCAUUGUCAACCGCAGGAUCCAACGGAUUUUCGUAUUUGAAGCGGGAUCUUGUGCGUUUGGUCGGGGUGCUUUGCCAUCGAGAUAAGACAUUCCAGGACCGCAUUCGGGUAUGUAGGGGUAUUCCUGUUAUUAUGAAUAUGUGUGUUGUGGACGAACGAAAUCCGUACCUUCGAGAACAUGCUAUAUUAGCACUUCGGAAUCUGUUAGACGACAACAAGGAAAACCAGGACGAAGUUCAUAGCAUUAAACCAUCAGGAUAUUGGGAUGAGACGGGAGUGCUGCGUGAGAAGGUUGGAGCUACGUUGAGAUGAACAGCUGUCAAAAGCAUCAGAUUAUGCGUAAUUAUACAUAGAACAACGAUGAAUGGAAACUAGGU